AGGCCGCAGCCAUUUGACUCGAACAGCGGUGCGGGCGCGUGCGCGUCGCCCUCGCGCGCGGGCCGGUGCGCGCGCGCGCCGAGAGCCCCGCUCUUGCAGCGCCUUGAGCGCUGCUCCGCGAGCGCCGGCCGGGCGCGCCGUGCGCUGGGGGAUGCCGGGCACCGCCCCAGACGCGUGGGCCGCUCUGCUGCCCAGAGGCCCGCAAGGGUGCUCGCAGGAGGACGCCGCGCUGGCCCGCUGGACCUUCCUGCGCUACUGCGUGCUCGGCCUGAUCCUGCUCUGGCGCGUUUGCAGGCUGCGCCGGAAGGCAGAGGACGGGGAGGCGCAGUGCUGCCUGAAGGGCAUCCUGGACGCCAGCUGCCUGUUCGUCCGGACAGAGGGCGUCGGGCUUGUGAUCUAUUUUUCUGUGUCCGCCGUGAUGGACAAUGCCGCCAUCUUCGUCUUCGGCAGAGGCGACGAAGCUGGUUUCUGCGAGACCGUCAAGGCUGUCUCUUUGUACUCCAUGGCGCUCGUCACCUUCUUGCCGAAUGUGCUUCUUGGCAUCCGGUUGCAGGAGACGUGCUACGACAAGCGAUCCUGUGGAGUCAAGUGUGUGUUCAUCUUGUUCAUGGCCAUCAUUACUGCAGUAUCCUUCGUGGUGCGGUUGUGGCUGGUGUACAACGAGGGCUAUGCAUCGCUCGUAAACUUGAGGCUCGAGAGCCUCAGUCUUCGUUGGAGGGUCGCGCUGAGUGUGGGUGUCCCCCCACUGGUCGACGGCAUUCAAAGCACCAUGCUGAUAUUGACAGGUCAACACAGCUGCCACCUCACGUGCCCGCUCCUCAUCAAACCGAGCGUUGCUCAGCAUCUCCUGGCAGAAAUGGAAACCAUCAAAAAGCAGAUGAUGACACUAGAGAAGCAGAAUAAACAGCUGAUCGAGAUGAACGAGCCGCUGAUCGAGAAGCUCAACACCCGCACCACCAAAGAAAAGUCUCCCGAUGCGAGGAAAUCUGCUGGAUGCUUCCCGACAGGUUUCACUAUGAGUACUGGGUAGGGUUGCGAGAAUGUUCUUGCAGUCUCGUUGCGAUUCAGAGUUGCUGAUGGGUCAGCCGACGCUCUCUUUAUAUCGGUUCCGAGCGGCGAGUUCAUGUUCCAGUACGUUUGUUGCAUAUCUCGUGGGAAAAAAGGCUCAAGACUUCGGAGGAAGAGAGGCUGCACGCUGAGCACAUUACUUGGUAGAGUUGACACGCGUUCGUAACAACAGCAAACGCAAUAGCAACAUCAGCCGUCCCAGUACAGUCAAGCCGACGAAACAAGGACUGGCUUGGGCCCAGGAGGGGCCAUGGCUUUCGCGCCGCUCUGCGCGGCUCGCUGAGGCCAGCGAAGCCGCCUCGCUCCUCUCCGAGAGCCCCUCGUGGCCUCACGGCAGCGCGACGGCCCGCAGACACGACGUCGGCAUCGGUCGCCACAGCACAGUUGCGAAUCGCUGAAGCAGGGACCGCCCGGGCUUUCGGGAGGGGCUCGGGCUCUCGGGCCGCUCCUCGGGCCUCCGUGGGGCGGAACUUGUGGCCCGGGCCCGCCGUGGCCACCAGAGCCUCCUCGUUCCUUGCUGUGCGCGGCCUCGCAGAGGGGACGCUUCCUCCUCCCCCCCCCCCCUCCUCCUCCUCCUCCCU